ACAGACGGACAGAUAGAUAGAUAGAUGUGAGCGUUUGUGUGAGGGAAGACAGAUGAUUGGACGAAGUACACCAGGUGGCGAUGCACUGGUUGGGAAGGACUACAUGUUGGCCAUCAUUAUGGUCAACUGUAAUGAAAAUAUCUGGUCAGACCAGAGCAGGUCAGAUCCCGAUCUGCCCUCAGACUGGAGGAUGAUCACAGACUCCUCUGGUACUUACUACUGGCAUGUUGCUUCUGGCGCCACCCAGUGGCAUCACCCCUGCGAAGCCAGCAGGAAAGCAAACGGCACAAAGCAGGAGAUCCCUCCCACCGAACAAGACAUAGAGGAAAGGUCUGUGGACGACUCUGCCGCAUCAGACACCAAGGUGGGUUUUUUCUCUGUGCGGUCCAUGGGUUGGGUGGAGGUGCCGGAGGAGGGCUUGUUUCCUGGGAGGAGCAGUCUGACUGUUAACAACAUCAUCCAGCAGCUGUCUCACCACAGGAGCUCAGAGCAGACACACUGCCAAGGGCCCUGGGGAGAGGGCCAGGACAUGCUCUUGGUUUUGAAGAAAGAUACGUUAAGUCUGAUGGAUCCUUUAGACCACACCCUCCUCCACUCCCAGCCAAUCAGUAACAUCCGCGUGUGGGGUGUCGGCUGCAGCAAUGGAAGGGACUUUGCGUUCGUCACCGGGGAGAAGGACAGCUGCGUGCUCAAGGGUCACGUGUUCCGCUGCAACGCCCCGGCCAGAGCCAUCGCCACCGUGCUGCAGGACAUGUGCGGCAAGAUUUUGUCUGAUAAAUUGGUCAAACCACCCGACUCUCUGACACUAGAGGACAUCUCCUCUCCAGACCUGCCCUGGCAAGUGGAUCUGCUGGACGCAGUAAGACAGCACGCUCCACACUUUGAUGUGCAGUACAUCGGGAACCUUCCAGUGUCCCGGGCUAUGGGUAUGGAGGUCCUGAACAGCGCCAUCGAGAGCAUAAUGAACACAACGGAGAGAGAGGACUGGGAGCCCGUCACCCUCCACGUCUCUGACUCCCUGCUGUCCCUCAGGCGGGUGCAGGAAGCGGAGUCCUUAUGGGAGUGUCAGGUGAGUCACCUGACCUUCCUUGGUGUCGGCCACGACAGCCACACCUUCGCGGUGAUCGCCGACGGAGGGGCGCCGGGCUUCCAGUGCCACGUGUUCUGGUGCGAGCCGCACGCCGGACACGUCUCCGAGGCGCUGCAGGCCGCCUGCAUGCUCCAGUACCAGCGGUGUCUCGUGGCGCAGACCCCUCCGGUGAGGUCCAAGCACCGGCACGCUGGUACCGGUCGGGUCCAGAGAGCCAACUCCAUGGACAGCUCCGCCUUCCUCCCGUCGCCCUCCUACUACCACGGCGGCAAUGGGGGCAAGGGCGGCAGCAGCAGCAACUGCAGCAACACCAGCGCAAAGAAGGGAAUGCUAGCUUUCUUUGAGACAUUUCGCAAUAAGCAGGCAACUACCCACUGGUGAUUUGACUUGUUGUGGUUAGUGGCAACACAAAACCAAUCUAUUGUAUCAGAUGAACUGCAGCUAUUAUUAUUACUACAAUCAAUUAAAAUAAAACUGACCGCAACAAACCCUAAUCCAGAAUGUUUCCCCUAAUCCUGAAUGUAAUCCCUAAUCCUGAAUGUUGUCCCUAAUCCCGAAUGUUGUCCCCAAUCCUGAAUGUUGUCCUUGACCUGAAGGUUGUCCCUGACCUGAAUGUUGUCCCUAAUCCUGAAUGUUGUCCCUAAUCCUGAAUGUUGUCCCUGACCUGAAUGUUAUCCCUGGCAUCUAAUUCUGUGCCUGAUCCCUUAUGCUGUCCCUAUUCCCUGAAAAUGUCCCUAAUCCCUUAUCCCUAAAGAUGUCCAUGAUCUCUUAUGCUGUCCCUAAUCCCUAAUGCCGUGCCUAAUCCCUAAUGCUAUCCCUAAUUCCGUAUGUUGCCCCAAAUAAUAAUGUUGUCCAUAAUCCUAAUCCUUUAAACUGUCCCUAAUCCUUAAUUCUGUCCCUUAUCCCUUAUACUGUCCCUAAUCCCUUAAAAUGUCCCUAAUCCCUUGAACUGUCCCUAAUCCCUUUAAUUGUCCCUAAUCCCUUAUACUCUCCCUAAUCCCUUAAACUGUCCCUAAUCCCUUAUACUAUCCCUAAUCCCUUAAACUGUCCCGAAUCCCUUUUGAUGUUGCUAAUCCCUAAUGCUGUCCCUAAUCCCAUAAACUGUCCCUAAUCCUUUAGACUGUCCCUAAUCCCUUAUGAUGUCGCUAAUCCCUAAUGCUGUCUCUAAUCCUUUAUGCUGUCCAUAAUCCUAAUUCCUAUUUUCGUCCCCAAUGUUUCCCUAAUCCUAAUGUGUCCCUAAUCAUAAUGUGUACCUAAUCCUAAUGUCGUCUAUAAUCCUAAUGUUAUCCCUAAAUAAUCCCACUUUAAAAAACACACACAAAGACACACACACACACACACACACACACACACACACACACACACACACACACACACACACACACACACACACACACACACACACACACAC